AAUUUUCCAUGAACAAUCCGAAAGUCAUCUCUUCUUCUCUUUGCUUCCUCCCUUUAUUAUUAUUACUCCAAAUCGCAGCAAGCACUGAUGCAUGUACAAACGGCGCCGUUUGCGGCCGAAACGAGCCAACCAUCCGGUUUCCUUUUCGGAUCAAGAACCGCCAACCUGAAUCUUGCGGAUACCGACCCGGUUUCGAUCUAUCUUGCGACGCCGUGAAUCAAACGACAAUAAAUCUUCCAUAUUCAGGAAAGUUCACAGUCAGAGGCGUAGAUUAUGCAACGCAAGAAAUCUGGGUCAGCGACCCGGAAAACUGCUUACCUAAACGGAUUCUCUCUCUGAAUCUAUCGGGUUCGCCGUUCAAAGGAGUUUACUAUCAAGAUUUUACGUUCUUUAGUUGCUCAGCCGAUUACUUGAGGUAUGGGCUGAAUCCGAUAGCGUGUCUCAGUGACCGAAACGACACAGUUUUUGCUACGUCGUCUUCGGUGGUUAUAAGUUCGCUGGCGAAGUCCUGCCGGGUGGUGAAAACCGUAAGUGUCCCGGUCGAGUGGCCGUUUUACGAGCAGGUGCCGUCGUCGGACCUCGGCGGCGAUCUGCGGCUCGAGUGGAGGCGGCCAAGGUGCGGCAAGUGCGAGUCGAGAGGUGGGCGGUGUGGGUUCACGAGCAAUUCUAGCCGGGAGAUUGUUUGCUUCAAUGUUCAUCAACAUGGACUUCCGAGGAGCGCAAGGUACGCGGUGACGAUCGGCGCCGGCGUGCCGGCAGUGUUGUGUAUGUUAGGCCUGAUAUGCUUUAUUUCCGGCAAGGUGAAGUCGUACGCGGGGAGGGGUAACAGGGUCAGAGAAUUUGAAUUCGGCAGCUCAAUCGCACCCGAACCCGUAAUAAUAACGGGUCUGGAUGGUCCGACAAUUGAGUCGUAUCCGAAAAUUGAGCUGGGAGAGAGCAAGAGGCUGCCGAAGCCAGAUGAUAAUACCUGCGCUAUUUGCUUGUGCGAGUACAAGGCUAAGGAGACGCUGAAGACAAUACCCAAUUGUCACCAUUCUUUCCAUGCUGAUUGCAUUGAUGAGUGGCUGAGAUUGAAUGCUUCUUGCCCAAUUUGCCGUAAUUCUCCACCCCCACUUGAAUCUCAACCUUGUUGACUCACGUUUUUGAUUCCUCAUUUUGUAUAUAAAUUUUUUUGUAAUGUUAAUUUUGGCUAUGGUUUUUUGGUA